AUGGCUCUAAAAUAUUUAGCAAAAGCAUAUAACAGUGAAGAAUGUAAAAGGACAACAGUUAUUAGAGAUACAAGAUUUAAUGAUACAAAAGCAAAUAUGGUUUGUGAAAUACAUGAGAAGAAUGCUAAACAGUGUGUUGAUGAUGGUAAUAUCUUAUUGAAGCAACAAAAUAUAAGUGGAGGUAUUAAUAAGUAUAAUGAAGCAAUUAAAGAGCGUCCUUAUUAUGCGAUUCCUCAUUAUAAUAGACGUAUUGCACUGUCCAAUAAUCUAUUAGUUAACAAUUCUCAAGAUAUUAACUUAGCAAGCCGAGUUGAUCCUUAUUUUGUUGUUAAUAUAAUAGCCGCUGUGCCGGAACGUAGAUUUAGUGAUGAUUCUUCGGAUGAAGAACCGGAUGAAGAAUUUAAUGCAAUGUAUGAUGAAUUAGAAAAUAAUAAUGUGUGGCCUUUUACUACUAGACCCCAAAAAACUAUUAAAAUUAAAACAGAGUCGAAGAUCCUUGACCUUGAGCCAAAUUCAUAUAAAAAUCAAGAUACAGCAGAUAGUAUGGUUGUGGACCCAUUGUUAUCUAAAGUAUUAGCAAAUGGAUUUGAGGUACAUGACGAAAAUAAAUUACGAACUAUUGCUGUUAGUAUAGGACUGAAUCGUAUGCGCUCUUUGAGUACAAGAAAAAAUGACUCAUUAAGGUUAGAAUUAAAAAGUCAGGUUAAUACAAGAGAAAUUAAUUAUAAACAAUUUGGUUUUUAUUGGAAAUGUCCUUGGUAUACCAAAAUUGGUACAAAAGCAGAAUUUAAAGAUGUGAAAAAAUUUUAUAAAUGUUUAAAAACCAAAAAUUCAGAUUUAGCCAACAAGUUUAUAGCCCAAGAAGAAAACAAAGGCGCAGAAUGCAAUAUACCAUAUCGAGAUAUUCGAGAACACGCCAAGAAUCAUUCCAAAACAAAAGAAUUAAUAAAAACAUUCCGAGAUGACAAUAAUACUGCAAUGAUAUAUCUCCACCUAGUUGAUUCAGAUGUACUUGAUUUUAAUGGGGUUUAUAGUGCUUACUUGCGUAUUAUAGCUGGUUGUUAUAAGCCACCUAUUGUUAUGUCUACAGGAUACGAGUUUCCUGAAGAUACACAGAACAAGGCAUACUGUUUAUUAGGUCAUAUGGAAAGAAUGCAUCGAGUGAUCACUACAUUUCAUAUUCCUCUAGGAACAUAUUACCCAGAACCAAAUAUGUGUAUAUUAAUACCACAAAACUGUGAGACUGUAGAGGAAAGUUUUAUUAGUCCUAAAAGGGGCAAUACUCAUGAAUCACCAAUAUUAAUAGAGAAUAUACUAAAAAGACGACCAAAUUCAUAUGCAAUUUUUAGUGAAGACAAUCCCAUUAUCAUAAAUUUACCAUCAAGAUUCAAAGUAUGCAAGCGGAAAAAACUAACGAUAAAGUUUUCUGAAUUUAAUACAGGUUCUGUUGCUCCAACUUUUGAUGACAUUAAGAAAUACGACGAUGUAAGUCAGUCACAUACUGAUAAUUUGCCUUGGACUCGGAGCUUAUUUAUCAAUAAGAGCAUUAAAUGUGAUAAUGGUUAUGAAACCGAUGGUGAAAGUAUAAGUAGUAAAAAAAAUACACCAUUAACUGUUUAUAAUGAAUGCGUCCACUUGAUAGGAAAAAUUCGUAAUAAUCUAGAUGUAGAAUUAUCACAAACUAAACUAGCUAAUCGCAUUGGUAAAGAUAAUUCCAAUAACAUAGUAAAUGCAAUUAAUGAUAUAAAAGAAUUUCAAAAAUAUUUUAAUAUAAAAUAUGAAAGGACUCCUGAAGAGCAAGAAUUAAUUGAUACUCUGAAGGAAUAUAAAAUAUGUUAUGAUGAUCUAUCUCGGAAAUAUCUAUUAAUGAUGGUACAAAUUAUGCGAUUAAUCAAAAAUAAAAUAAAUAUUGAAUGUUUAUUUGGUAUGGAUGAAGAAGCGACAGAGUAUAUUUUCGAGAACAAUGAAAUUAUACAAGCACUGAAUGAUAAGGAAAUGGAUCCUUCUGAUUUGAUAGAUAUUUGUAGAGAUGAUUUCGACGAUUUUAUGAGCGCUUGCGACGAUCAUUCAUGUGAUCCACGAGAAGUAGUAAAACUAUAUCAAGAAAAUCCGCUUCACUUACAAUUUCUGAAUAAUGACCCAUACAAUGUUACUUAUGAAAAUUCUGAUGAUGCUGACUUUGUACAUUUUGCUGUAGACAAUGAAUAUCUGGACGAAGAAGAUUUAAUGAAUAUUAGCGAAAAUUUACUGCAAGGCAGAGAAGAUUCUGCUGCAAAUAUGGAAUUUCAGGGAAUACUUAUGGAGAGAGAGCACGAGAAAGAAAUGGUCGAGGAAGAAAUGAUCUUGAACAGAAUGGACGAGGAAGAAAUGGACGAGGAAGAAAUGGACGAGGAAGAAAUGAUCUAG